GACAGUUGUUGAACGCAUUUGUUAGCAAGCUAGGCUAAUUUGCACCGAGAGUGAAGAGCGCUCACUUCCCCAUCCGGAGAGGAGGCGCAGGGAGCGGCACAAAUAGAAGCUUCUCCAUCGAUCACACUGCCAAGCAAACACCUUCCAUCAAUUUCCAGCCAUGGCAGAAGCUCACCAAGCUGUGGCAUUCCAAUUCACCAUAACACCAGAGGGCAUUGAUCUGCAGCUUUCAUAUCAGGCGCUGAACCAGAUCUACCUGUCAGGAGCACGAUCGUGGAAAAAGCGGGUCAGCCGCAUAAGAAACCGAGUGAUCAAGGGCAUGUAUCCAGCCAGUCCUUCAUCCUGGCUAUUUGUUGUCAUUGCCAUCCUGGCCACCAUGUACAUGCGCUCUGAUCCUAGCAUGGGGCUCAUUUCCAAGAUCCAGCAACACCUUCCCCUCAGCCUGUCACUCAGCGCUCAGGGCCAGACGAUGCUUUCGGCGCUGGUUUUCAGCACGCUGCUGUGGCUCUCCCUUAUCCUUGCUCUCAGGUUCUGCCUCAAGCUCCUUCUCUCCUACCACCGGUGGAUGUUUGAGCAGCACGGUCGAGUUUCCAACGCCACCAAAAUCUGGGUGACUCUACUGAGGCUCUUAUCUAGCAGGAAGCCGCUACUCUAUAGCUAUCAAACGUCGCUACCUCAUCUGCCUGUUCCUGCCAUAAAGGACACACUGAGCAGGUACUUGGAGUCAACACGCCCUCUGUUGUCCGAGCCUGAAUUUAAAAGGAUGAAAACACUGGCCGCGGACUUUGAAUGCAACCUGGGAAAUCGACUCCAACGUUAUUUAAAACUUAAGGCUCUCUGGGCUACGAACUACGUGAGUGACUGGUGGGAGGAAUACAUUUACCUUCGAAGCCGAGGCCCCAUAAUGGUCAACAGUAACUACUACGGCAUGGACUUCCUGUUUGUAACUCCAACUUCCAUCCAAGCCGCCAGGGCAGGAAACACAAUUACAGCCAUGCUCCUCUACCGCCGCAAAGUCAACCGAGAGGAACUCAAACCGAGCCGCGUUCCGGGUACUGUUAUCCCCCUGUGUGCAGCCCAGACUGAGAGGAUGUUCAACACAACACGUACUCCGGGAGUUGAAACUGAUGUUCUCCAGCACUGGCUGGAUAGCGAGUUUGUUGCUGUGUAUCACAAGGGACGCUAUUUCCGCUUGUGGGUGUACCGGGCUGGCCGCCUGCUAUCUCCCAGGGAAGUUGAGUAUCAGAUUCAGAGGAUCCUGGAUGACCCUUCACCUCCACAACCCAGAGAAGACAAAUUAGGAGCCCUCACUGCUGGAGAUAGGAUUCCUUGGUCUCAGGUGCGAACGCAGUACUUCAGCUCCGGCGUCAACAAGCGAUCCUUAGAUGCCAUCGAAAAGGCAGCUUUCUUCGUGACCUUGGACGACGAAGAGCAAGGUAUGAGAGGAAACGACCCGGCGGGGAAUUUGGACCGAUACGCCAAGUCGUUGCUUCACGGCAAAUGUUACGACAGGUGGUAUGAUAAAUCAUUUUCGGUGGUGAUCUACCAAAAUGGGAAGAAUGGACUGAACGCUGAACACUCUUGGGCUGAUGCACCAACCGUGGCUCACCUGUGGGAGUUCACGCUAGCCACGGAUGCCUUCCAUCUGGGAUACACUGAGGAUGGCCACUGUAAGGGUGAAGUGGAUCGCUCAUUACCUCACCCCCAGAGGCUUAUCUGGGACAUCACACCAGAGGUUCACGCCCAAGUGUGUAGCUCUCUAGCUGUUGCCAAGGCUUUGGCUGACGAUGUGGACUGUCACGUGUUCCCCUUCAGAGACUUUGGCAAAGGCCGAAUUAAGAAGCUUCGAGUCAGCCCGGACGCGUUUAUUCAGAUUGCGUUACAGUUAGCGUACUACAGGGAUCGCGGCGGUUUCUGUCUGACUUACGAGGCGUCCAUGACCCGUCUCUUCAGGGAAGGACGGACGGAGACGGUGCGAUCCUGCUCCAAUGAAAGCAGUGCCUUUGUCAAAGCUUUGGAGAGUGGCGAGAGCGAAGAACAAUGUCAGCAACUCUUUCGACUGGCUUCAGAGAAACACCAAAAUCUUUAUCGAUUGGCUAUGACUGGAGCUGGAAUCGAUAGACAUCUCUUCUGCCUGUACAUCGUCUCCAAAUAUCUGGGAGUGGAAUCACCGUUUCUAAAAGAGGUCUUGUCAGAGCCUUGGCGCCUCUCCACAAGUCAGACGCCGGUUCAGCAAAUGGAACUUUUCGACUUGAAGAACCACCCUGAUUUUGUAUCACUCGGCGGAGGAUUUGGACCUGUUGCUGAUGACGGUUACGGCGUUUCUUACAUCAUCGUGGGUGAAGAUAUGAUCAACUUCCAUGUGUCAUCCAAGCAUUCCUUUAAGGAAACUGACUCUCACAGGUUUGGCGCCCAGAUCAAAAAAGCUAUGCAAGACAUCAUGCGUGUCCUCUCUGCUGACACCAAAACUUCUCCAGGUUCCAAAGCCGCAUCCCAGAAUCAGCCUAAGAAUUAAAUACACAAUACAAACAUAUAUAAAUAUUGCCCUCACCAACUUCUGGUGAAGAUCCAAUUCUGUAGGUGACACCUCCAAAAAAAAAAAAGAUGCUGAAUGUUUAAGCCAGUGAUUUUAGAAAUAACGUGACACGUCUCUUUUAAAGAGGCAGAGAAGAUAAAAUUGAAGCAGAUUACUAUGGCCCAGUUUCUCUUUUCGAGGAUGUGGUUCAAGAUGUUCAAGUGGCAACAAUUCUUUGCGCCUCUUGAAAGAUUUCCUGGAAAUCACAAAUAUGACCUGACAUCAUGCCCGCGAUGCAAUAUCACUGCAGCUUUAUUUGAUGCUUUUCAAGUGCCAUGCAACACUUGUAACAGACUGCAAAUGUUUUGACCUCACGCUGGACUGAUCAAAGCCAACCAGAUUUUUUUUAUUGUUUGUAUACGUUUGGUUUAUUUGAGAUGAAGCGGAGACAGUGUUUUAGUGUUCCUUAUUUAAGUCAAUGUAAGAGUGUUGGCCUUAAUUCUGGGCUUUACUACUGUAGCGUGAAAUGUUGAAAAUGGUCAGUCUUAACUCUCGUCAGUAAUUUUUACUCACGCGAAUAUGGUACUGUAUUUCCUCAAAACGGUUACCGCCUUUCCGUUUUUUAUAAGUUGCCAAAUGCCAACGCGUUGGAGCUUGGAGGGCAUGGAGGGUGAUUUAGAGGCACUCGUGCGUGUUGGAAGAAGUGCCAUGUCAUUGCAAGGUGCCAUGACGAGGAAGUCUUGUAUUUUGUGAAAGGCCCUUUUUUAUAAUGACUCCUUUUCUAUUUGGAUUUGUUAGCCACUGAUAGGAUCUGUCUGAUAAAAAGUCAGAAAACCGAUUAGGGAACAAAUUGUUGGCUGUUAAUUGCGCAAUAUCAUUCAUUAUGAAAUGAAAACUAAGUAAGUUGAGUAAUUGAAUUGGGUUCAAAGUUUUUUUUCAUGUCGGUAUCACUGAUCAUUCAUUUUUCACAUUUUCACCUUCCUGGAAUUGCGUGUUUAAACGAACUACAAGGCUAAUAUAAAUGCUUAGAUAUUGUUUAUGACUUAGUUUGGUGGGUUUUUCUUUUUCAUGUACUUGUUGCAUUUGACCUAUAAAUAAUUGAUGGCCUUUGUAUAGGGUUUUGUGUAACUUUAUUUCAUGUUAUUUAAAUGUCCAUUGGUUCCUUUUUGAACUUUCAUCUCUUCUUGAUUUUUUUUUUAGCAUAUGGUAAUGGAAUGUUGCCUGAAAUAAAAUAAAUCCUUGACCUUAUUGUAAA